CUUUACACCAGGUCUGCUGGAACAGCAUUCGACAGGAGCAGCAGCUGGACACCUGAGAAAUCCAAUGCCCAAACAUCCACUUUGCAAAACAAAAAAUAUUUCAAGUCUAAUUCUUCAGUGAAAAGAAUUCUUGAAGUCAUGAUUGCUCCAUGGUUGCUCCACACUCUUAAAUUUGUGCUUCUCCUUCGAGGGAGUGGAGCUUGGUCUUACAAUGCCUCUACAGAAACCAUGACUUACGAGGAGGCCAGGGCUUACUGCCAACAGAAGUACACACAUCUGGUCGCAAUUCAAAACAAAGAAGAGAUCAAGUACUUGAACUCCAGAAUGAGCUACUCAAAAAGCUAUUACUGGAUCGGAAUCAGAAAAGUCAAUAAUGUGUGGAUCUGGGAAGGGACCCAGACACCUCUGACCAAAGAAGCCAAGAACUGGGCUCCAGGUGAACCAAACAAUAAGCAGAAUGAUGAGGACUGUGUGGAGAUCUAUAUCAAGAGAGAAAAGGACCCGGGCAUGUGGAAUGAUGAGCCAUGCAGCAAGAAGAAGCUUGCUUUGUGUUACACAGCUGCCUGUACCAAUGAAUCCUGCAGUGGCCAUGGUGAAUGUAUAGAGACCAUCGAAGACUACAACUGCAAGUGUUACCCAGGCUUCCAUGGACUCAGGUGUGAGGAAGUUGUAACAUGUAAAGCACGGGAAGACCCCGAACAUGGAAGGCUGGAUUGCACUCACCCCUUCGGGUCCUUCAGCUACAACUCCUCUUGCUCUGUGAGCUGUGAAUGGGGCUACCUGCCAAGCAGCAAGCAGACCAUGCAAUGCAUGUCCUCUGGAGAAUGGAGCACUCCCGUGCCAGCCUGCCAGGUGGUUGAGUGUGAUGCUUUGACAAAACCUGCCAAUGGGACCAUGGAUUGUUUCCAAAGCCCUGAAAGAUUUCCAUGGAACACAACCUGUGAAUUCCACUGUGAGGAAGGAUUUGAACUCAUAGGAGCCAAAACCCUGCAAUGUACCUCCUCUGGGACCUGGGACAACGAGAAGCCAACCUGUAAAGCUGUGACAUGCGAUGUCAUCCACCAGCCUCAGAAUGGCUCUGUGAGCUGUAGCCCCUCUUCUGCUGGAGAGUUUGCCUUUAAGUCAUCCUGCAACUUCACCUGCGAGGAGGGCUUCACAUUGCAGGGGCUACCCCAGAUCGAAUGCACGGCUCAAGGGGCGUGGACACAGCUAACUCCAGUGUGUGAAGCUGUGACCUGUGAUGCUAUUCUUCAGCCCCCGAAUAGUGUGAUGAAAUGUACUCAACACUCUACUGGAAAAUUCAUCUACAAGUCCUCCUGUGCCUUCCACUGCAAGGAAGGCUUUGACUUACAUGGAUCAACUCAACUUGAGUGCACCUCUCAAGGACAAUGGACACAGGAAGUCCCCUCCUGUCAAGUGGUACAAUGCUCAAGGCUAGAAGUUCCAGCAAAGAUCAAUAUGAGCUGCAGUGGGGAGCUGGUGUUUGGCGCUGUGUGCAAGUUUGCAUGUCCUGAAGGGUGGACCCUCAAUGGCUCUGCUGCUCUGACAUGUGGUGCCACAGGACAAUGGUCUGAGAUGCCACCUACUUGUGAAGCUCCCGGGGUGUUCAACAUUCCCUUGGCAGUUGGACUUCCUGCUGCAGGAACCUCCCUCCUGACUUUGGCAUCAUUUCUCUUCUGGCUUUUGAAAAACUUUCGGAAGAAAGUAAAGAAAUUUGUUCCUUCCAGUAGCUGCCAAAGCCUGGAAUCAUAUGGAAACCACCAGAUCCCUUGUGACAUCAUUUAAGUUCAAAAGAAACAGGAACACAGGUGUGUCCUGGGAACUAGAUACUGAAGACAACAGAGACAGAGUUGUCCAGGUCCUUGGCCUUUCCUGCCCACCAUACCUGCCACUUCUGUAGCUGGGACGGUGACUUCAAUGGAUCAGAAUUCAGUGGCAAGACUGAUCUUCCACCCAAAGGAUUCAAUUUUCUCUUUGCUAUUCUUGAGGUCAUAAAAUGCUGGCUACUGAAGGAAAAUAACAUUCUCUUCAAAGCAAAAAUGGAGAGAUCAAGGCUCUGGAAUCUCAGGACUCCUUUUGUGUCUCUCUUUCCUCACUCUGAAACCUUGGUAGAGAAAGAAUAUUUUUUGGUUUUGUUUCUUUCUUUUGUCCUUCACUAUGUUUCAACUGUAAAUUAGAUAGUUACUGUCAUGGGGAUAAAUAGGAAUUAUCUAGAAUCCAGAGAGAACAAAUUGGCCAAAUAUAUUUUAUUUCUAACUUUUAAGAACCCCAAAACUUUUAAUGGCCAACAAUAAAUGCAUAGAGGAGAUGUUAUUGGUGCACAGUGCAAACCCUAUGUAAAUCUUUGAGGAUUACUAAGCACAGUGCUGUUUAUCCCUAUGGGAUUCAAAGCUUUUUAGAGUUGUUCUUAGAAAUUGUGUUCUUUUUACUUACACUGAAUAUAGCAUAAUCUUCCAUAGCUCUUAAUUCAGUACUAAGGACUAUGAUAGGGUAAAAGUUACUUAUCCUAGAUUACCACAUCAUUGUUUACUACAAACAUUUAAUGUUACAUCUUCAGUAAAUUUAUUUCAAGAGGGAACAAAUGUUCACCAGUGUGAAACUCUGAGUGUUUUACCACAGUCAUUUUUAAAACAUGGUACUAUCAGGCAAGUAAUUCUUGUAUAUUACAUAAGAUUUUGAAUCCAUGAUAAGAACUCACUAUUUAAAGCAUCCAUCUAAUGCAUUUUCAAAAAGUGAAGAUGUCUAAUAAUCAUCCCCUAGUAGUUUUAUUCUGUAUGUUUUGAUGUUCUGAGAGAAGGGAAAGCUUGGGUGACUAUUUAUGUUUAUUUAUAAGCAGAGCUUAAAAUUCCUAAGGAAUUUCCAGUUACCAGAGGCAGUGAGAAUUCUUAGUGAGUGCCAAAGCUGCCCAUGUCAAAACUGUCUCCAACUUCCAUGAACUUAACAUGUUGGAAAAGUUUCAGGAAGUGCUGGCUGAAUCAUGGCAAUGAUAAAGCUAACAGAAAACAGGGAGGUGUGAUAAGGCUGAGAACAACAGAGGAUUUUUUAGGGAGCAGAAGAUUGAGGGUGUGGGAAAAUGAACAUGCUCAAAUUAUGUAUGGAAUGAAUUAUUAUUUUCUCUGAAAUCUCUCAAAUGUAAAUACUUAUAUAUACUGCAUUAGAAGUAACUACAGGAAAUGUAAGUGUGUCUGUGUUUGAGAAUUAUAUACUAUUUUAAAUUAUGAUGUGAACUCUUUUACAGUUUUAAGUAUGUAUUUAUUUAAGCUUGUCAGACUUAUUGUUGACAUGCACUAAAAAGUUUGACAAUAAAUGUGUUUGUGUUUAUAUUUAUCUCUGUGCAGAGAUUCUUAAAAUUUUUAUUGCAUUUAGAUAAAACUCACAUACCAUAAAAUGCACCAUUUAAAAAUGUACCAAAUUAAGCAACCAUCAUCACUAUGUAACUCCAGAAGAUUUCUAUCCCCUACAAAAGAAACCCUGUACCCAUUAUCAGAUCCUCUCAUUUUUCCCUCCUCUGCCCCUUGCAACUACC